AUCUGUGGAGGUGACAAGCCCUAUGUGUCUCCUGAUGUCCUUAGAGACCGUCAUGCGUCUUGUAGUCAGGAAGCGCUCUCACAAUUUGAUCGUGCCAAGAAGAUGGGUGGAGUAGACUUCAGCCGCCAGUACCGUGAAGAGCUAGAAAAAGAUCUUGAUGGGAGCUAUGUGGCUUUCUGUAAGCACAAUGAGAGCAAGAACAUAUUUACCGCCUUCCGUACUCCUGCUGUGCUGCUGGCGUUGGUGGCUGCGAUGUACAUGGUGUCUGGCAUCACUGGAUUCGUGGGGCUGGAGCUGGUGGCGCAGGUGUUUAACUGCGCUGUUGGAAUGCUGUUGAUCGCUUUACUCACGUGGGGCUACAUCAAAUAUUCUGGGCAAUACAGAGAACUUGGAGGAGUUAUAGAUUCCAGUGCGGAGUAUGUUCUUGAACAGGCAACAAACAGAAUGGGUAAUGCUUCGAUUCGAAUUCCUGACACAGCUAUCGGUGCCCCAAUGGAGAGAAAGAAACAAAAGUAAAGAGGAGAUGGCAAAUAUUGAGGAUAACUCUCUUUGCAACUCCGUUUUUCACUGAAACACAAGGUUACUUCAUACUGAGGUUCAUCCAUACCAGUAACGACCUAUACCCCCCCCCCCACACACACACACACAAACACAAGAAGUUACUUCAUACUGAGCUGCAUCCAUACCAGUAACGACCUAUACCCCCCCACACACACACAAACACAAGAAGUUACUUCAUACUGAGCUGCAUCCAUACCAGUAAUGACCUAUACCCCCCACACACACACACACACACACACACAAACACAACAAGGUCAACUACAGCGACAAUACUUAGUGGAUUUUUUUUUUCUAAAGGAAAGUGCUGCUUAAUUACUCUCUUAUAUUAAAGGGGUAUUGUACUCAAAAUGUUCUAUCAAUUAUAUGAAAUAGCAACAUUUAAACAUAUUGUAUGUGAAAACAAAUGCAGCCGUGUCAGUUGUUUGUUUCUGUAUAAUGCUGAUUGGCUGAUAAGUGCAUUUGCACUUAUUAGGGAAUGAUUAAUAACAGGAAGUAUCUAUCAGCCAAUGAGCAUUAACAGGAAGUAUCUAUCAGCCAAUGAGCAUUAACAGGAAGAAUCUAUCAGCCAAUGAGCAUUAAGAGUAGGUAACUAUUAGCCAGUGAGCAUCAGUACGGACAUAUCUGGUACAGCUGUAUAAAAUGCCCCUUUGUCUCACAAAUGAAUAUAUUUGAGUACGUUAACCCUUUAAUAUAACUGCAGGAGCCUACAUUCUCUGCUGACCUCAAUAAACUGCGUGACUGGCGCAGAAAGAAAUCACAAAACCAAAAAUGCUCGAGAGUCAUAAAAAUGACAAAUUCACAACGUGUGAUGUUUUAUUUUGUUAAAUUCUAAAGAGGAUUUAGCGGCGGAUUUCCAGUGCAAUAUUAAAGUGUAACAUUUAGAUAAAGUGACUGAUGGGAACAAUGUAUUCCGUGGCUUACGUAAUCAUGAUUAGGACAGAGCACACAACUUUAUCUAAUGCACAUCUUUCUCUUAGUAUCCGUUGGUGAAAUGUACCACAACCUAAUCAUAGUAAAUGACUGUCAUGUGACCUGGCGCUGCUCGUGCACAGCAGGGAUAAUAUCUCAUGAUAAAACCACAACCUAAUGAUAGUAAAUGACUGUCAUGUGACCUGGCGCUGCUCGUGCACAGCAGGGAUAAUAUCUCAUGAUAAAACCACAACCUAAUCAUAGUAAAUGACUGUCAUGUGACCUGGCGCUGCUUGUGCACAGCAGGGAUAAUAUCUCAUGAUAAAACCACAACCUAAUCAUAGUAAAUGACUGUCAUGUGACCUGGCGCUGCUCGUGCACAGCAGGGAUAAUAUCUCAUGAUAAAACCACAACCUAAUCAUAGUAAAUGACUGUCAUGUGACCUGGCGCUGCUCGUGCACAGCAGGGAUUAUAUCUCAUGAUAAAACUACAACCUAAUGAUAGUAAAUGACUGUCAUGUGACCUGGCGCUGCUCGUGCACAGCAGGGAUAAUAUCUCAUGAUAAAACCACAACCUAAUGAUAGUAAAUGACUGUCAUGUGACCUGGUGCUGCUCGUGCACAGCAGGGAUAAUAUCUCAUGAUAAAACCACAAUCUAAUCAUAGUAAAUGACUGGCAUUUUACAUGUUCAUGAUUCAGAUAAAGACAGUUUCUUUGUUGAAAAUGCAUCACUGGGAGCUAGCUGCUGAUUGGUGGCUGCACAUAUAUUGUCACUCCAGAUGUGUUCAGCUAGCUGCCAGUAGUGCAUUUCUGCUCGUGAGCCUACCUAGGUAUGCUUUUCAGCAAAGGAUACCAAGAGAAUAAAGCAAAUAAGAUAAUAGAAGGGCAGAAAUUCAUUAUUGAUUUUUUGUUGUGCGAUGGAAAACCUAAAUAACCCUCUGUUUCCGGCACCGACUAUAAAAUCGCUUUAUUUGUACAGAU